UUCCAGACCUCUUGUCUUCUCGCGCAACAUAUCACUGAAGACGACUGAGGACGGUCAGAGAGGAGUGGAGUACUCAACUUUUACUUUUUUUUAUUUGUCUACUUUUGGGAUGAUUUAAAUUAUAGCUUGCAGACGUUUUUAACGAUUUUCUUUUUUUAGGAUUGCAAAAAUGUUUUGAUGGCCAGAAUCAUAGGGGUGAACUAGGUUAUUUAAAGGCUAACCGGUGUGUAAUUACAACUGCUCACUAUCAGUCCUAUCUCAAUUAUUAAUGCGGAAGAUGUCGUAGAUCAAUGCUUUGCACUUCUUCGUAGUUUUUUAAAACAUUUUAAAGCAUGGGUUUUAUUCGUGUGAAACUUAUCGACGUACAGCAAGCUGAAGAAUGGAAAAAGAAUUCGAACGGCAAAUUCGAGCCGUAUUGCGCGAUACAUAUCAAAGAGGCAGUGCAAACGCCUGGUCAAGGUGUCCAAUUAGUUCAAAAGAAGAGAACAGUAUACCCAGAAUGGAAUAAAUGCUUUGACACGCAUCUUUAUCCUGGCCGAGUGAUUUCCGUCGUCGUCAUGGAAAAACCGAACGUAUUUCGUGGUGAAACAACAAUUGGUGUACAAUUUUUGGUCGAUCAAUGCAAGAAAGAUUGCUUUUCCAGUUUGUGGUUGGAUCUCACUCCCUAUGGACUUCUUGUUCAAGUUAGACACUUUGACGAAGCUGCAGAUGAUCAAAACAAAAGCUAUGAUGAGCCAGCCAAUAAAAGCGGUCUUACUGGCAGACGCGGUGCCAUUCGGAAACAGAAAGUUCAUGAAGUUCGUGGGCACAAAUUUGUGGCUAGAUUUUUUCGACAGUUUGUGUUCUGUUCUGUUUGUCGUGAUUUUUUAUGGGGAUUAAACAAACAAGGUUAUCAAUGCCAAGUGUGUACAAUGGUUGUGCACAAGCGAUGUCACAAUCAGAUCUUAAGCACAUGUCCUGGUGCAACAGACAAUAAUGAAACAAUGAAACUAAAGGAACGGUUCAAAAUUGACAUUCCACACAGAUUUAAAGUGACUACGUAUCUAAGUCCAACAUUUUGUGAUCACUGUGGCUCCAUGUUGUACGGUCUCUUUAGACAAGGCUUGAAAUGUGAAGCGUGUGGAAUGAAUAUUCAUCAUAAAUGUCAGAAACAUGUUGCAAAUCUUUGUGGAAUCAAUCAGAAAGCAUUUGCUGAAGCGCUUGACCUAGCUAACGCAGAUAAAGCGCGGAGACUAAGCCAACUUCCAAAAUUACCAAGUAAUGAGUCAUUAGCACCGACUAUGGCUAGUUUUAAUGAUGAAAAAUUAGAAGAAAAAUAUGGUCGUAUUGCCGAUGAGUAUGAAGUGAUGUGGAAAGCUGAUGAACCCAAACCUCCACCGCGCACAGUCAGUAUCAAUAAGCCUAUCAAGAAAUACACCAUGCAAGAUUUUACGUUUCUCAAAGUCCUCGGAAAAGGGAGUUUUGGAAAGGUUCUGUUAUCAGAGAUGAAGAGUAAUGGUCAGGUUUAUGCCAUAAAAGCAUUAAAGAAAGACGUUGUGUUAGAAGAUGAUGAUGUUGAAUGUACAAUGAUCGAAAGACGAGUUCUGAGCAUUGCUAGUCGACAUCCAUUUCUCACUUCUAUUAUUUGUUCAUUUCAAUCCAAGGAGCAUUUGUUUUUUGUCAUGGAAUAUGUGAACGGUGGUGAUUUGAUGUUUCAUAUUCAGUCUGCUGGCAAAUUUAAUGAUUAUCGCUCUUGUUUCUACACAGCCGAAAUCGUUUGUGGUCUGGAAUUCCUGCACAGUUUAGGAAUAAUAUAUAGAGAUUUAAAGUUGGAUAACGUCCUCAUGGAUGCUAUGGGUCAUAUAAAGAUUGCUGAUUUUGGCAUGUGUAAGGAGAAAAUAUUGGAUGGUAACAAGACCUCCACUUUCUGUGGUACACCUGAUUAUAUAGCGCCUGAGAUCCUUAAGGGACUGAAAUACGAUUCCUCAGUAGAUUGGUGGUCUCUUGGUGUAUUAUUGUAUGAAAUGUUGAUUGGACAGUCUCCUUUCACCGGUGAAGAUGAAGAGGAUCUUUUUGAUUCAAUUUGUCGCGAUAAAGUUCACUACCCUAAAUGGGUAUCGCAAAACGCUGUCUCGUGUAUGGUACAGCUAUUGGAGCGAAAUGUGAACGAGAGACUUGGAUAUAAAGGUGGUAAAAAUGGCAUCAUAAGAAAACAUGAAUUUUUCUCCAAAUUAAGCUGGCGACAACUGGAAACAAGGCGAAUAGAACCACCUUUCAAACCGAAAAUUCGUUCACCAAGAGAUGCUGAAUAUUUCGAUUCAGAUUUCACAACUGAAGCUCCCAAACUCACGCCGACCGACAAAGCUUUGCUUGCAUCGAUAGAUCAAGGUCAAUUCAAAGGAUUCUCUUUCGUAAAUCAUAAUUUUAAUCGCGACUCACUUUAGCCCGCACCUUUGAAAAAAUGAUUUUGGAAAUAUUGUACGUAGCAAAUGAUUCUCUAUGCGCUGUUUUGCCGUUUUAUGAUGCUGCAAUACUCUUAAUUAGCGAUUUAUGAUAACUGUGUUAAACCAAGCUUAAAGUUUUGAAAUAAGUUAAUAUUUUUUUGGCUACAGCCUAGUUUUUUGGUGAAGAAUUAUUUUGGUAUUUUAAUGCGGAAAAACAGCGCUGUGCAUAAAAGCCGAACAUCUUUAGUACAUAUAGGAUGUAAUUAUUUUUUUAAAAAUACCGCUUUUAGUUAACUAUGAUAAUUGUAAAGUUUCUAACAUGUAAACUAUGUUUAUGAAAAAACAUUUGUAACUAUAUCUCAAAUUUCUUUUGAUUACGUUGCUUAAAAUUCAAAUUCAGACACAAUUAAUAAUACAGAAGAAUGGAACGUAGCCUUGUGGAAAGUGUGAAAAAUUUUAGCAAUAUAAAGUAAAAUCUAAAUAUUAAAUUUUUAAUUUACAAAUGACUGAGUCCAAUCGAGGAAUUUCAGGCAAUUAGCAAUUCAUUGAUUUUCACUCAAUACGCUUUUCACACGUUCGUUCAAGAACGCACUUGUUCCUGUCGAUGAAGUUUUUUUUUAGUUUUGAAGAAGUGUUCAGGCAUUCUGGGUUGGUUGUUUUUUGUUAAGGUGUAUACAGGAAAACUAAGAUUGUUGAAAUUUUUGUCAGGGUGUAAAACAUCUUAUCGGAAACAAUCAAUUGUUUCCUGUUUUUAAAAUAGACUGACGGAAUUUUAAUUAACGGUAACAAUAUAAUACUUGGUGGUUGCACUUUUUGGUAUUGAUUGCUUAUUUUUAUGCCUUUAUUGAUUGUUUUUGGUGGAGAAGAUGGUGUUGGUCUUUAAAUGGCAGUAGGGAAAAAUGUAAACAACAUUGAAUUUCGACAAACUAUGGUGCAUUUUACUGUGAUAUGUUUUCCCUUUUUGCUACGUACGGUCAAAUAUCCAUUUCAAACCGAAACAAACUUUUUUUCAAAUUGAUAUUAGUCACGUUGUCAGCUUUUUUAAAUAAAAGACCAUGAGCAAAGGUGUUGUUAUAACGACAAACCUUCACUUGUUCAAUUUGAAA